AUACAAAUAGGCGGAGGAGCUGAAGGAGGAGGAGGACACCCAACGUAAUUUCACCCGAAUUGAGAGUGAACCUCCAGCUUAGAAGUAAACCGGCUCAUCCUGCAGAUACACACCUGAACCUGAACCUCUGCUCAUUGCGGUGCAGUGUUUUUCUUUUCUUUUCUUUUUUUAAACAGGAGACUCCACACAGCACUGCGUGCUCCUGCGUGGAGACCAGAGGAUCCCUUACAUACCCUGGGAGCAGCUUCUCUUCUAAGGAAAUGCCCACUUUGGCUUCCAAAACAUGGACUUUCUGAAGUUUUGUUUGCGCCGCACUUCAGCAUGUGUUCGUGAGGAUAAGGAGAUCUACCAUGGAACAUUCUCUGGUUACACCAUCCACAAUGAACAAUUAUUCUCUGAAUCAGACCAACUGCACCGAGUUCAAAUACCUAGCAUACACUAUCACCUAUACCAUAAUGGUUCCACUUGGAUUCUUCAGCAACUUGGUCGCUCUAUAUGUGUUCCUGAGGGGGACAACCAAGAAGACAGCCAACACUGUGUUCAUGAUCAACCUGGCUAUUUCUGAUGUUUGUUUCUCUUUAACGUUGCCAUUUCGCCUGAUUUACUACUUUAGGGAAUGUCAUUGGGACUUUUGGGACUGGCUGUGUCGCUGGUGUGUGUUCUCUUUCUAUGUGAAUCUCUAUACCAGUGUGUUGUUUCUCACGGGCCUAAGUGUGCUGCGCUAUAUCGCCGUGGUGCACCCCAUUCGAAAUAAGAGCCUGGUGACUGUGCGACGGGCCAGUUUGGCAUGUUUAUGCAUCUGGGUGUUUGUCGCGGUCAUGUCCAUUCCUUUCCUGUUAUCUGGAGCUUCGCCUGAUAAAGGGGAAAAGGGAUGUUUUGAAAUAAAAAAAAGCGGAGACUGGAAACAAAUACAACAACUCAGUUAUGUGGGACUGGUCUUUGGCUUCCUGAUCCCAUUUUUGAUCAUUUUGGGCUGCUAUGGGUGCAUCAUCCAAAAACUGUUUGCCAAACAGAAGGUACAGGUUCGAAAGCAGAACCAGCACUCGCGCUCUGUGUACCUAAUCAUCGUGAUCCUCAGCACCUUUCUGCUGUGCUUUGCACCAUACCAUAUAGUCCGCACACUUCAUCUGCGUGCCGCUGUCGCACAGAACAAAGAGCAGGAGGCAUACCUGCUCAAGAUUUUGGUCAUCACACUGUGCAUGGCUGCAUCCAACAGCUGUCUGAACCCCCUCCUGUACUAUUUUGCUGGAGAAAGUUUCCGGACCUCCUUCAACAGAGCCUCACGUCGUUUAACGAUCAGCUCUUUAAAUGAUAGUGUACGCCUGUCACGAUAUUCAUCGAGAUCAAGGAACCGAUCAGAAAGCCAGAAGAAUAAGUACAUAGACACUGUCCUACUAGAAGAAAAAAAGAAAGACUUAGUUCAGUGAAAAGAAAUAGAAACGGCAUACUAUAUUUUCUAACGCUCUGAGAGACAUGAUUAGAUUUCAUGUACAUUUAUAACACUUCAGCACAACACAAUAAUUUCAGAGACUUUAGAGCCUUUUUAAAAGUGAAAUGUAUGACGUAUGACAAUGUCUGAUGUAAUAGUAAAGAAAAGGGAGACAGACACUGCAUUUUGAUUGUUUUUUUUUACUACCUCCUUUCCACAUGAGAUUGGAACCUAUCAAUGAAGAUAUUUCUAUAUUUAUUUUCCAGUUCCAGGCAACCUUUUAAAAACCAUCUAUUGUAUUUUAUGUAUUUUAUUUGUUUGAAAUCUACAGUUUUUUUUUAUCACCGUAUUUACAUAAAUGUCAAUGUUUAUUUAUGUAUUUAUUGUUCUCUUUCGAAACUAGUAAACUUCAAUUAUACAAAGAAAUUGGGACACCUGACUCAAAGCCAUAUGUGGGUCUUCCCCAAAAUGCUACUGCAAAGUUGUAUACAAUGUCUUUGGAGGUGAAGGCAUUUUUACAUACAUUUAACUUUCACUUGAACUAAGACAACAAAAUCUGUCAAAAUUUUGGCAAUGCCCCUGUGCACAAAGCAAGCUUCAUGGAGAACUGGUUUACAUAUUGGAGUGGGCUGCCAUUGGACUGCAGACAAACUUAAAGCCGUCAUUUAUGGCUGCAAUGCAAAGCUGACAAUAGAUAAAAUAACCGUUAUAUGCAGAUAUAAACUCGUACCAUUAAAUUAUUUCAUAUUUAUGUGUUCGUGUUACUUUCUUGUGCUGUUCUUUUUAUAGUUCUCAUUUUAUUGUUAACUUUUCCAAUUCAUCACAUUCAUCUUGCACAUUUAUACAAUUUGCCAUAUUCCCCAUUUAAGAAAACUAACCCAAAACAACAGAGGAAAUAUUUUUUAAUAGGGGUCUCACUCUGUCUGAGCUGUGACUGUACAUGAUUAUGGUUACAGAUGUUUGUAAGACAUAAUUUUGACUGGUACUUCCCAUGCAUAAACUGGUUUGAACACACCUUUCAGCUAAUUAGCAACAUUUUCACUUUAAUGUCAACCAUAAUAAAAAUACCUAAAACUA